AUGGAGGCUUCGGACACCGCACCCUCCUCUGCUCCUCCCAAUGAUCCUCUUCUGGGACUCGAUCGAAAGGUUGUUUUGAACGCAACCGAAAUUUUUCAACAACGCUUUACCAUGUUCAGCUUCCUUCAUGGACCUACGCUACUCAAACUCAUUUACGGAAAAAACCCGUUGGAUUUGAGGUUCUGUGGCAUCAUGGCUUUAUGUGCGCGGUUUAUCCCAGAAUUGAUACACGAACAUGGUGGUCCUCUUGCUGCAUCUGAACACUUCGCUGCCUACCUACGACACAAGAUAACUGCCCAGAUAGUGAUCAGUUUGGACAUAACAAUCGCCCAGACUUUACUGUUGCUGAGCUUUCAUGAUUGGGGUUCUGGAAAAGGCGGCCAGUCGUGGACAUAUAACGGCAUGGCGACCAGAGCUUGUUCAGUGACCCUUGCACGACUAUACCGGUCUAAAACGCACAGACCCGCCGUCCUUCAGACGCAAGUUGAAGAGGCCCGACGGACACUAUGGUCAUGUUUAAUGACAGAGGCAAUGCUCGGAUGCGGAGAUCUUCGCUCACUGAGUUUCCAUUCAAGGCUGUACCACGUGCCUCUUCCGUCGUCUGAUGAAGAUUUCAUAUUCGGUGUCCGCCCAGAAAAUGAUUUGAAAUAUUUGGAAGUUCUUGAUCUUGAGUUUUCAGACCCCCCGAAAAUCCAAAGACUUGGCAACACAGGAUUCGAAAUCAAUUUUUCGCUGAUUAUCCAGGGUUUCAAUAUCUGGUCUGAAGUUUCUCGAUGGGUCUCUUCUGGUCAAAGAACACAAAGAUCGCCUGCCUCGAGGGGGCUCUCCUGGCGAGACGACUCAUUCUGGAGUAGUAGCCUCACGGUGCUUGAGGACUGGCGAGAAGCUCAAUCUUCACGCGUGCAUUUCUCAGCUACCGACUCUCAUUUACCGGCUUUCCUAUCUCGCAGACAUGGUGAGCGGUAUGCCUUCGUGAAUUUGAUAUAUUACUCAACAUCCAUCUUCCUGCACCGCGAGUGUCUGCCUUUAAUCAUCAAUGGCGGUCCUUCCCAGGGGGGGUCUGAUGAGACUAACACCUCUGCCGAACCAGUCUGCACCAAUUGGUGGGAGACCAGUGCGGAGAAAUUGGCUGAAAGCGCCCUCAACACUAUCCAUCUUAUCAGACAACUUCUUCAUCAUGGGAUAGAUUUACAGGUUCCAUUUACAUGCUAUUGCGUUUUCAAUGCUACAACAGUACUUUAUUACGCCAAGAAAUGGCCCGAGAUCAUACCUGGGGGUCCAAAUGCAGUUGAGCUUUUUGACUGGGGGGUUGAGUGGGUAUCACGGGCAAGUGAAAUUUGGGAGGUCGCACGAGUCUGGCGAACGACCUUGAUGAAGAUUGAUACAUUUCACAUCGGUCCCGGAUGCAGUAUCUCCAGUACAGCGGCUCUCGGCCCUCAAAGUUCGUCGCAAUCUCGAAACUGGGAAGAGUUGCGGUCUGACCAAAUCUCUCUCCCUGUUGAAGGGAACUCUCCAACGCCACUUGGAUUUGAUGAAAUUCAAUUGCCCCAUCAGCAGUAUUAUGCGACUUCAGAUGGUCUGAGUUCGAUAUGGGACUCUCUGAUAGCCCACCCCGUCCACGCAUUUCCGGCAAUGGAUGGUGGUUUUCUGAACUUUGAUUCGAUUAAUUCCCAUAUCGAUACAAGGUGA